AGCAAGAUGAGCUCGUGGCUCGAGACGCAGCUGGAGCAGUGCUUCUUCGCCGCCCAGAAGGACUUGAGCUACUACUCGUGCCUCGUCAACUCUGGUGUCUUCUCGUCCUCGACGUGUGCGCUCACGUGUCCGGACGGCGCUGCAUCCUGCUGCAGCACCUCGGUGGCCGCGACGCAAUGCAUCGCUGAGCCGUCGACGCGCGCGUGCAAGGCGCUCUUCGACACGUACCUCUUUGCACCGCUGGCGUGCGCAUCGCUCUCGUCCGCUGCGAUGAUCGCGCUGAGUCUCGCAGCGUUGGUCUGCAUCGUCGGUCCUCUGUGGCUUCUCGUGCACUGGCGCAAGCAGCGCGUGGCCAAGACGUCCCAACGCUCGGCGAGCGACCUGCGCUUGGAACGCCAAGUGGGCAUUCUGGUCUGGAAGAACUUUCAACUCAUCAAGCACCGGCCGGUCCGCGCGCUCUUUGAGCUGCUGCUGCCGCUCCUUCUAGUCGGCGCGCUCGUCGUGCUUGGGUUCCUUCCCACGUUUGCGGCCUCGUCGUCCGACGCGAAGUGGAACACUCGGUUUAGCUGCACGAGCAACGUCGAGUGCACCACCGCGCUUCUCUCGACGCGCGCCCUCGUCGACGUCGUCGACCUUCUACUCGAGCGGGCAGCCGGUCUUUGGCAUGUUUUCUUGCUGUCGUACCUCCGCUUUGUGCCGUCGCUCACGUCCAAGAUCGUGCUCGAGAAGGAGAAGCGGCUCACGGAGGGCAUGAAGAUGAUGGGCGUCUCGGACACGGCGCUGCGCCUCUCGUGGCUCCUCGCCGACCACGCCGUCUACACGUGGCUCGCGCUCGCCAUGGCGCUCGAGCUCAAGUUUGGCCACGUGUUUCCGAUGGCCGACCUCGCGACGCUCUUCUUCUUCUUUGCUGCGUUUGGUCUCUCGAUGGUCUCGUUUGCGCAUCUCAUGAGCAUCUUCUUCAACAAGUCCAAGACCGCCGCGAUUGCUUCCGGUCUUGGUGUGGGUAUGCCGCUGCGCUAA